GAAAUCUCACUUAUGUGGAAAAGUGAUAUUCCAGCUAUUUCACUGCACACGUACCCGAGUAGCAAAGGGAAUGUACUCAAAAAGUUGAAAUCUCACUCUGGUAAAUCAAAAAAUGUUUUUUUUUUAGCUGCAAGAGUGAGAUCAUUGGGUUGCAAAAACAUUUAAAAAAAUAAUAAUUGUAUUGUGGGAAUGCUGGAUUGUACCUGAGAGAGAAUCCCAGAAUAGCCCGGGUUUGUGGUCACCGCCGGCCCGGGCCCGGGCGCUGCGUCUCCCCGGCUACCGUUGCUAUGAUACGGCGGCCUGCGGCCCAGGGAACGAGCCUCACGCCAGGCCCGUCCCCCGGGGUUAGUCUGAGGAUGGAGGGAGACGUGGACGCGGACGAAGAGGUGACCCGGGGCCUGAGGCAGCAGUUCCAAGCCCUGCAGGAGCAGCAGCAGAGAAGGCUGGAGAAGAUGCUGGCCGCCAAGAAGGAGCAGGCUGCCAGCCAAGCUGCACCUGACCGCCAGGAUCACGAUGACUUGAAGCUGCAUCUGGUGGCUCCCCAGCCGGCCAGCAUCCACGUUGCUACCAGCUUGUUGGAAAAUGAGAACGAACAGCUGCAGGAACAGAUCCUGGAACUGAGGAAUGAGAACGGCCGGCUCUACAAACUCCUCAGUGAGAGGGAUUACGAAAUCAAAUACCUGAAGAAAAAAAGGGAAGAAGAACGACUUGCCCUGGCAGAGACUGUUGGCAUGACAAGCGAUGUAGCUGCAAGCAAAAUGGUCGAGUUGUCAAAGAGGAACCGUGAGCUGACUGUGGAGAACGAAAGCCAUAAAUCAAAGGUCAAGCAACUGAGCAACAAACUGCAAGAGCUGGAAAAGGAGCUUCAAACGUAUCUAACGGGCAACCAAACACUCAGUGUCAAUGAAGCAUCUGGACAAACCAACAAGAAGUCAUCUCCCAAGAUACAGAAUGAAUCGUUGUUUGACAGUAUUGACGUGAAAACUCUUCAAGAUAAACUUUCAGCAGUUAACCUUAAGCUGGUUGAAUCCCGGAACCAAAUGCUGAGUGUUAAACAAGAGCUGAAAGUGGCACACAAGAUUUUGACUAAUGAAGUGGGUGACGAAGUGAACAUACAACAUUUGCUGAAUAACAAGGGCUCUUGGCGUGGCCGAGCCCAGCAGAUCCUCACCUUGCAGAAGAAGAUUAGAGAUUUGGAAAGUCAAUUCGGGUCAAAUACGCAUAAGGAGCAAUCAUCUGAACGCAGUGUUGAAGAGGAAAUGCUGGGUUCUUCUGGUAUCCGACGUCUCUCGAACCAGGAGAAAAAUGUUGCGCACAUUCGGGCAAUGGAGAGAGAAAGAAAGGAAACUUUUGAGAGAAUGACUGGUGACUAUGAGAAGCUGAAAAAAGAUCACGAGGAUCUCAAGAGCAAAUUCGAUGGAUCAAAAGCAAGAAUCCAGGUUCUGUCCAUGGAGCUGAAAACUCUAAAGAGUCAAGUGGUAACACUUCUCCAGAAAGGAAAGCAUGAUGACGAACUUGUUGAUGCAUUGCUGAAACAGCAGAAGCAAAUGCAGGAACUUCUAGCUCAUGCGAAUGAACAGGGUUCGAAGAGCAAGGAAAAUACGAGCCAGCAUCUGAACGUUGAAGCUCAGAAGCAGGACUUCCUGAUUGGAGAGCUGAAACAGUUGGUAACUGAGCGGGAAGCCAAGGUGAACGAUCUUGAGAAAGAGAUCAGACAGCUACUGCUAAAGCAACAGCAGGAGAAGAAAGUGUUAGCUGAUCAGUCAGUGGUAAAUCCCACUCAUUCCCACCCUUCCUCAGCUCAACUGGACACUGACAGUGACUUGCCAGUACCGGAUUCUCUGACGGCUGAUGGUGAACUCUCAGGAAGACCAAUAUCUGCCUGUGUGAGUCAGAUUGAUGUGAAACCUCUGCAGUUACAGUGCACAGAGUACAAGGCUUUAUAUCACACUGCAGAAGUGGAAAAGGAUAAACUAACAGAGCUAGUAACUAUCCUGCAGAAGAGGUUAAAAGAUAAUAAUGACAAGAUUUUGGACGUUGAGCAGAAGUUUCAAGAACAGCGACGGUGGUCUGUGACUUUAGAGCAACAACUUGGAAAAGCCAAGCUCGAUAUGGGAAAGAGUCAUGACGUUAACAAACUCACCAACAAGAACAAAACAAGUUUGUCCAUCAAUACCAGCCUUCUAUGUGGCAGUGGUGACCUGUCUCCAGGGAAAUCUUCAGCCUUAAGUUUGGAGACACAACUGGAAGAACUGAAUAUAAGACUCGCCAUACAGAUGGAUGAGAACAAGGCCUUAAAGAUGGGUUUGCAAAGCAGCUUACAAGCCAAAGAAGAAGAUCUGAAAUUGUACCACGACAUGUUGAGCCAGGUGAAGCAGGUCUUCCUACAAGCUCUUCGACAGCACAAGGAAAAUAAUUAAAUCCACUACUUCAGCCGGAACAAUGUUCCUUGAGUUUGGUUUGGAGGUAUCUAAAAUAUCUAGCAUUUGGAGAACAAACAAUCAAAAGGGGAAAGAACAAAAGCCUGCUCAAGAACACGUCACUGAGAAACAAGACAUGCAGAUGCUGGAAAUCUGAAAUCAACCUGACCUCUGAGUAUCUCUGUGUAGAAAGGAGCUGCAGAUGCCGAAUAUGGACACAAAGGGCUGGAGUAACUCAGCAGGUCAGGCAGCAUCUCCAGAGAAAAAGGAUGGGGUCAGAAGAAGGCUCCUGAUCCAUAACGUUACCCAUUUCUUUUCUCCAUAGAUGCUGCCUGACCCACUGAAUUACUCCAGCACUUUGUGUCUAUUCUCUGAGCAUCUCUGACAGUUUCUGUUUUUUAUUUUCGUAGUACGUUAGCUUGAACUGUUGCAAACUAGACUGGGUUAAUUGGGUGACUAUAUACAGCUAUUUGCCUUGCUCCUGUCUUUUAUAUCUCAAAUGACUUGAGUAGAUCAAUGCAGGAUGACAAAUGAGGCGUGCUACUCAAAUCAUAGACAAUAGACAAUAAGUGCCAUUCGGCCCAUCUGUGGUCCCUCCCCAUCUCCACAAUGACUUGCAAAGUUUUUGAUUUAUCCUCCAGCCAAAAGCUUUUUCCAAGUGUUCAUUGAUCAUACCAGAGGCAUAAGAAAUGCAUUGAACAAUGAAAAGCACAGACUGGCAUUAGCAGAGGCUGGCACAAUGGUUCCUAAGAACAGUAGCUUUUGAACUGGAAUUAUCAUUAAAGUUAACUCAAAGCCUCAUUUAUCAGCUUGCAAUCUCAUGUGUAUAUUGUACCACUUCACUUGGUCUGAGGAAAGUAGACUUUAAAUAUAGGAUAUAUAUCUUUUCAUAUUUCCUAAAGAUGGAAGAGACCAGCAGAUUUAUGUUCUCAGAGCGAUCUCAGAUUUUAAAACCUAAAAAUGAUAGGAGUUAUUUCCUACACAGUUUUGACAUACAGAACUUCUUUUUAAAACAUGUUUUAGAGGAGCCAUGACACCAAUCUCUGCACUUACUUUCUAGGUUUCUAGGUUAAUUAGCUUGGGUAAAAAUUGUAAAUUGUCCCUAGUGCGUAUGAUAGUGCUAGUGUAUGGGGUGAUCACUGGUCGGUGCGGACUCAGUGGGCCGAAGGGCCUGUUUCCGUGCUGUAUUUUUAAAGUCUGAAGUCUACAGAGAAGCUUACAGGGCAAACCUGGUAAGAGUAGGUUGGCACUAAUCCAGUAGCCUCAUUCCUCGUGGCGUAAGGUUGGACUGCAUUAUACAUAGACACUCCUUCUUGCGUUGCCAGGGGAUAUGUUACCGCGGAAGCUCUGAUUGAUAUGUGGUCCAUUUUGUGCUGGUCCAAAUGGCAGGAGAAAAUCAUUUUCCCAGCAUCACUUCCCUUCAUCUCAAUGAAGACGUGCAUUCAGAAAGAAUGCAGGUAACUUUCUGAAAGUAAAUGUGCAAACACGCUAACCUCUUUUGGAAAUAAAUAUGUCUUUGUACUCUGGAAC